CAGCAGAAGCAGCAGAAACCCAGAAAAAUCGGCGAAAACCCUGAGGAAGUAGAGGUGACCCCGCCGGGCUCCUGGAAUGCCGCCAUGACUACCCUUCAAACCAGUAACGAUCCCCACCUCCGAGGUGUAUCUCCCAACCCUAGCAAGAUUCCAGUACUCUCUCAAAGAUGCCCAUAUAGUUCCUCAGUCAAGUCGCGCUCUCUGGACCAGGAGAACCAAGAUCCGAGGAGACCAGCACAGAAGCCGCCGCUCAGUACUCAACGUCCACUCACUGACAAAGCAGGCCUCAGAUCGAAAACCUUGUGCCAAACCGAAAAAUCACAAAGACUGAGGACCACUAAGCCGCGGAACCCUUUGGAGGAACUCAAGCCUAGCUCUGGGGUUUCAAAUGUGGGGCUUGUGACCCAUCCCCAGACAGAGGCCACAGGGGCUAUAGAGUUUGUGGCUGACCCUGCAGCCCUGGCCACUAUCCUGUCAGGUGAGGGAAUGAAGAGCUAUCCCCUAGGGUUCCGGUCCAGUCUGGCUCAGAGAGUGCUAGUCCGUGAGAGAAAGGGAGGCACCACUCAGAGGGGCCAGAGUGCACGGUCUUCCGAAUACCUGGCUCCCAGAAUCGCCACCCAUCAAGAGGGUCCUGCCAGGGCUUCCUGCUUCUCAAGACUGGAGGGCCCAGGACUCCGAGACCGCACUUUGUCCCCUCAGAGGUCAGAGGCUCUGAACCCACCUUCAGGUUCCUCUCAGUCCUCCACCCGCCCCAGUUUACGAGAGCUAAGAAAAGAGACCUGUGAGAGCAGCAGGGAUGGAUACUGUACUGACAGCAGGACCUCAGCAAGCCAGGCCUCAAGACUGCUCCUGAAGACCCCAGUGCAGCCUGCUAAUUUAUCCCUCGGAGGAGAACAUGAGGCUGUCCCUCACUCAGAUGGAGGAGGAAGACUUCAUCUGGGUCAGGCUCAACGAGUACCAUUAAAAGAAAGUCUAACACACACCAGGACCACAUAUUCAUCCAGGAAAUGCCUUAGCGUUCGAUGGAAACCCCAAUUCACGCCCCUCCGAUCACUGCCUAGGGUUCAGCAGGCCCAGUGGCUGAGUGGCCGCUCCCCUCAUUCCUCCCCUGAAGAGCCUGCCCUGCCCUGGGAGCAGAUUGCUGUGAAGUUGUUUGACCAGGAGAGUCGCAUCACCUUGCAGAAGGGACCUGGAAAACCAUCUGUGGCAAGCAUAUCUGGAACCCCCAGCCACCAGGAGCUAAGGAUGCAGCGCAUCAAUGUUUUGCAGCAGCUCUUGCAGCAGGAGGUAGCGGGCCUGGCAAUGGGCAGUUGUGCCACUCUGAAUGGAGGCUCUGCUUUAGAUAUGACUGAACUUCAGCCCCCAAUGGCUGAAGUUUCUAGAACUCUGAAUGCUCCAGAACACAGUUCUGGAACUUCCCUUCUUGAACUGUCAAAGCACUCUGGUGUGACAGAAGAGUGUGAGGAGCCACAGCCCCACCCUGCAGAAAAGCACAGGGAUCCACAGGUCUGCCCUGGGGAGGAGACUAAGGUGGCUCAGCCCUGCUCUACCACAGAACUAAAGCCCCCAGUGCCGCCCAGAGCUGAGCCAGAGCCACUGGAGCCUUGCCUUGCAGCACUGUCUGGGCCCUCUCUGCCUAGUUGUUGGGGACAGGCUGAGCCCCCCGAGACCUGCCCUAGGAUAGAGCUGGGAGCAUCAGCAGCCUGUGCUCUGGAAAGUGGAAACCCAGAGUCUAGCCCACAGCCCUGUUGCAGUCAGGGGCCUCCAGCAACCACCAGCUUGACCUUCUCAUCACAAAGCCCAGUCUGUGCCAGCCCCCCUAUCAACUCACUCCACUCUUUGAGAUCCCCAACAGGCCAUUCAGGCUCCAGCAGUUUGGCCUCUCGAACCCUGGCUCUGAGGCAGCGCCUCAGAGCGUGUCUCACCACCAUCCACUGCUUCCAUGAGGCUCGCCUGGAUGACGAAUGCGCCUUCUACACUAGCCGAACUCUGCCUCCAGGACCCACCCGGGUCUGCACCAACCCUGUGGCCAGGAUGCUUGAAUGGCAAGAUGCCCUGCAUUUCAUUCCAGUUGGCCCUGUGGUCCCACAGGACUCUCCGUCAUGACUCCAGCCUUUGCUGGAGUCUGC